AUGAUGACUUCUCCAGUGUUUGCCUUCUAUCUCACGUGUCUGUUCUUGGGGAAAACGGCUCAGAUGGCUGAUCUGAAAUCACCCGCACCUGUUCCCCAAGAGAAAAGUUUUGUAUCAGCUCAUGUCGGCAACAAGGUGAAUUUGUGGUGUUUCUAUGAAGGUGUUUCUGCGAGGCUUUACUGGUACAAGCAAGUUCUGGGACAGAAGCCAAGGCUUAUCUCUAGCUUCUAUAAACAUGGUGUCAAUAGCACGUUUCAUAAUGAAUUCAAGAGCGAUUCGCGCUUCACAUUAGACACAGAAAAUGGUAAAAAUCACUUGACAAUCACAGAUUUACGCACAUCAGACUCAGCCACUUACUGCUGUGUUACUUAUUUAUACUCAUUAAAAUUCUUGGAGAGCAUUAUUCUCAGUGUAGGGGGCUCAGGUUUGAACAUCCAGGCUUCGGUCCAUCAGUCCGGAUCUGAGACCAUCCAGCCAGGAGGCUCUGUGACUCUCAACUGUACAGUGCACACUGGGACCUGUGAUGGAGAACACAGUGUUUACUGGUUCAAAGACUCUGAAGAAUCUCAUCCAGGACUCAUUUACACUCAUGGAGACAGGAAUGAUCAGUGUGAGAGGAAACCUGAGACACAAACACAAACCUGUGUCUACAACUUGCCGAUGCAGAGCCUGAAUCUUUCUCAUGCUGGGACCUACUACUGUGCUGUUGCCUCAUGUGGACACAUACUGUUUGGAGACGGGACCAAGCUGGACUUUGAGGAUGAGGUGAACUUUCUUGUGUAUUUCUUGAGUGGAGCACUGACAUUCACCACCGUCCUCAGUGUUUUACUGGCUUUCUCACUGUACAAGAUUAACAAGAGAAACAUCUGCCAAACUCCCGAGCUCCAAGCAAGAUUUUCUGCUCCUUCCAUGACAAAUGCAGAGGAUUACCAAGACACAGACCUGCAUUAUGCUGCUUUAAGUGUUAACCUGCCCAAGAGAUCAAGAAGACAGAGGAACAAUACCGGGGAUGACUGUGUUUACUCCAGUGUGAAGCUGUAGAGCUGGAUAUGUGUCAUUUGAAUUAUGUAGUAAGAGUAAGAUGACAAUUUCUUAGAAUUUAUGUUGAGGUGUAAUGUAGAUUUAGAAGUAGCUCUUGAGAUAAAAAUCUGUUUGUAGCUCCCUUGUGGUAAGAUGUGCACAUUCAGGACCUUCUGCUCUUGUUGCUGUUUUUGUA